CCGGUCCUUGUUUCCCCCUCCUCCCCUCCUUUCCGUCCCUCCUACCCCCCCGACUGCGGUACACGACGCCCAGCGAAAGGAAAAUAUAUACAUACAUACAUACUACCCCUCUCCGCCGUGGCAAAAGUCGAUAUAACCGCCUUUCCUGACUCCACUACCACUACUGCUACUGUUACUGCUUCUAUUCCCCACCGUGCUACUUUCCUGUCGUAGACCUAGCUCCUCCUCGCCACUCAGACACGCCUCGAUCUCGGGUCAGACCGACUGCGUGAGCUCCACGCGCCACAGUGGUACUAGCUAUAGGUGCGCCCGCACCCACCAGGCAAGAUGGAACGCACGGCGCGGAUGAGCUUGCGCGAGGAGCCGCCCAUGUUCCCGACUUACCUCUCAGGCGGUGAGCCUAGUGCGCUGGGCGCGGAGGCGCUUGCGGACACGGACAGGGCCGCAGACAGGGCCGCGGAGGCGGAGGAGGAUGGAUAUCCCUUAGGGGGGAGCGACUCGUCGAUUGAGAUUGAAGUAGGGGCGAGGAGCGAGAUCACGGUGCUGAUGACCUUCGAUGAGGAUUCGAGCUACGGGACUGAUGAUGCGGAUAGCGGUCUGUUCUAUGAGACUGUAGGGUCCAGUGCAUUUACGUUCCCAAAGGAAAAUGGGAGGACCUAUCAUGCGUAUCAAGAAGGCAAAUAUCUCAUGCCCAAUGACGAGAAGGAGCAAGAUAGGAUGGACAUGAUCUAUCACUCAAUGAGUCUGAUGUUCGAGGACAAGCUCUUCUUCGCGCCGGUCAAGAACCCGCAGCGCAUCGCUGACAUGGCGACUGGUACUGGCAUCUGGGCUAUAGAUGUUGGCGACAAAUACGAAGGCGCCGAAGUCAUUGGAAUCGACCUCUCCCCCAUCCAACCCAACUGGGUCCCCCCCAACGUCCAAUUCCGCGUCGACGACAUCGACAAAGACUGGAUGUUCGAGCACCCCCUCGACCUAAUCCACUCUCGCCUCUCCUCCGGCCUCGCCGUCCGCGACUGGCCCCGCUACCUAACCGAGUGCCACAAAGCCCUCAAACCCGGCGGCUGGGUCGAGGCACAGGAAUUCAGUGUCUCCAUGGGCUGCGAGGACGACUCGCUCCCCCCAAAUUCCAUGAUCAAGAAGUGGCACGAGGAGGCUAACCGCACCUUCACGGCUGCCGGGUGCGAUCUCCGCUUCGAGGGCGAGACGCUGAAGCAGCAGAUGAUUGAUGCCGGGUUUGUGAAUUGCGUCGUGCAGGAGUAUCGGUGGCCGAUGGGGCCGUGGCAUGAGGAUAAGCGGCUGAGGGAUUCGGGGGCGUUUGCAAUGAUGAGCAUGUUGACGGAUAUGGAGGCGAUUAGUCUGGCGAGUAUGACGAGGUAUGGGGGGUGGAAGAUGGAUGAGCUGAAGGUGUUCUUGAAGGCAGUGAAGAAGGAGUGGAGGAUGAAGUCGAUCAAGGCGUAUUGGCCGCUGUAUGUGGUGUAUGGGCAGAAGCCGGAGGAGAGGCCGAAGGGGGAGUGAGUGGGUGUGGUAUAGGUGGAUAGUAGGGGCACAUGUGGACGGGACUAUUAUUAUUACGGCGUUUGAUAUAAAUCAAAAUUUAGGCAUGCCAGGUUAGCAAAAUAGGGACUCGGGAAUUCGUCAAAGCAUCAUCAUUUUCGACUUAUUGAAUAGCUGAGUAAUGCGAGCUGCAGGAGAGACCAGAUCUGUCGUUGGUUAUUCAAGG